UCGCUCUCUAUCCAUCUUUCUUGUGAUCUCUCUUGCGAUCUCUCUGAUCUCUCCUCGUUCGAAUAAGAAGAUGAUCUCUUCUCGACGGGAUGAGUCGGCGCCUCUCUCGACUAUUCCUUCUCUCUUUCGCUCUCCUCGUUGCAUGCGCGUCUAUCUCUCAAUCCUCGACGCCUCCGUCGUUGCAUGUGGCUCUCCUCGACGGAAUCAGUCGGCGCCCCUCUCGACGACUACUCGUCUCUGUGGCUCUCCUCGACGCCUCCGCGUCUCGUUCUCGAUCGUCGACGGCUCCGCCGUCCUUCUCUAGCUGUCGACGCCUCCGCGUCUCGCUCUCGAUCGUCGACGGCUCCGCCAUCCUUCUCUAGCUGUCGACGCCUCCGCGUCUCGCUCUCGAUCGUCAAACCGAAAGGUAAAUCGAAAUCAAACCUGAAUCGGUCUUAGUUAUUUUGAUUUGGUUGUUGUGUUGGCCUCUACAUUCUGUCACUUAUGUCUGAAUCAUACUUUGUUAUGUAUUGUUUAUGUCUCCUGAUUUAUGUAUGGAUCACCACUGAUACAUUUUCAUUUGUCAAAUACGAGUACUACACUACGGAUCAAGCGACAUGUUAGUUCGGAAAAGACGAGGAUCAAACGAAAAUUCGGCGGCGUCAAAGACUACAGUGAAUCAGGGGAAGAUAGUGUCCAUGUUUCUUCAUCACAGGUUCCUUUUUAUGGAACUCCGCGAAGUGAAGAUCCUCAUCUCGGUGAGACCUCUGCAGAGCGUAAAGAAAGAAGAACAUGGAUGCCUAUAGACGAUCAAGUGCUCAUAUCUGCUUGGUUAAACACUAGUAAGGAUCCCGUUGUAGGGAAUGAGCAGCGAUCCAGAGCUUUUUGGCAAAGAAUUGCCGUGUACUUCGCAGCAUCACCAAAGAUUGGAGCCAGUGAAAGGACGGAGUCCAGUCACUGCAAGCAGCGUUGGCACAAGAUCAAUGAUCAAGUUGGGAAGUUCUGUGGCGCGUUUGAAGCUGCAAGCAGAGAGAGAACCAGUGGGCAAAACGAUAAUGACGUUCUGAAGCAAGCGCAUGAAAUCUUCUUCAACAACCACAAGAAGAAAUUCACUCUCGAACAUGCGUGGAAGGAGCUUCGGAACUAUCAGAAAUGGUGUGACCUGUCAAGUUCUAAAACGGAGAGCGUUGGUAAAAGGAGGAAGCUCGACGACAGCGCACAAUCAUCAACCUCUCACGCCUCUGAAUCCAUGACUGAUCGUCCCCCGAGUGUUAAGUCAGCUAAGGCCAAUGGUAAGAAGAGAAAGGCAGAGGAAAGGCUGUCUGAGUAUGCGGGUAUGUGGAGCAUCAAGAAGGAGGAUAUGGCUAUCAAGGAAAGGCUGUAGAAGAUGAAGCUCCUUGAUAGGCUACUUGCAAAAGUUGAGCCGUUUGAUGAGUAUGAAGAAACCUUGAAAAAGAAACUCAUCAAUGAGUUGGUCUCUAAUUAGGUGAAGAUAAUGUUGUAAUUUAGUUCAAGUCUAAUUAGGCUAAGUCUAAUUAGUCUAAGUCUAAGUUGUUUGAGCACUCUGUUGAUUGAUUAUAUAAAUGCUUAUGUUCUUGCCUUGGUUAUUGGUUCUCUCUCGGAGUCUUCUUUAUGGCUUAUAUAAAUGGUUUUAAUAAGAUUAAUGUUCUUGUCUUGCUUUUACAGGUUCCAUUGUCACGGGAAGUGAAAGAGUCUAGCAUUGUCACGGGAAGUGAAGGAGUGGAGUCAGUCGCAUGUCAAAAUUCUUGUAGUCUUCUGAUCUGUGUUGUAGUCACGGGAGUGUGUUGUACUCACGUCAGUGUCUUGUAGUAGGGACUCUCUUGUAGUAGGGUUUGUCUGUUGUAGUCACGGGAGUGCAUGGUAACGUUUGCUUCUUGUAUUGUAGUAGUCACAAAAUUUUAUAAGUCUUGUAUUGUAGUAGUCACAAGUCUGUAUGUCACUAAAUUUUAUAACUCACCAUCUCUAUAUAAUUGUCAUCACUUUCUCUUUGUUCUCUCAUCAUCUCUUCUUCUCUUCUCUAGUUUUCUUCUUCACUUCUCAAGCUCCCGUAAACAAUAUUGACCACUCUCUCUUGUGAUCCUAUAUAAUUGUGAUCACAAGUCUUUCUCAUAACUACUCUCAUCUUCUCUCCUUCUCUUUAUUUUUAUCACCUUUUUUUAACACAAAAUUUCUACAUAAAAUAUUACGUUUCAAGCAAGUCAAUGGCAUCAAGUUCUCAUAACCCUUUUGAAGGAUCAGAUGAUGAUAAUUCUGAUGAUUAUUUUGAUCAAACUUUCGAUCAAAAUUUUGAUCAUACUUUUGAAAAUUUUACCAUUGAUUAUGUUAAUCAAGAAGAAGAAAGAAAAAAAAAAGGAAAAAACGCGUCUAUAUCGAAAGAAAUCGUGAAGAAGGCGAUUUACGGUUAUGGAAAGAUUAUUUCAGUGACACUCCGACAUAUCCUCAACGUCUAUUCCGACGCCGUUUUAGAAUGAACAAGCCAUUGUUCAUGCACAUUGUUGAUCGACUUUCCAACGAAGUUCACUUCUUUCGCCAAAAGAAAGAUAGUCUUGGAAGGCUUAGUCUCUCACCACUCCAAAAGUGUUCAGCAGCCAUUCGUAUCUUGGCAUACGGUAGUGCGGCUGAUACGGUCGACGAAUACCUCCGGCUCGGUGAAACUACAGCUCGGUCAUGUUUGGAGAAUUUUGUGGAAGGAAUAAUUAAUUUGUUCGGCGAUGAGUACCUAAGAAGACCAACACCGGCUGAUCUUCAACGUUUACUUGAUAUUGGAGAGCAUCGUGGAUUUCCCGGGAUGAUAGGAACCAUCGAUUGUAUGCAUCGGGAGUGGAAGAAUUGUCCCACCGUUUGGAAAGGACAAUAUUCUCGUGGUUCGGGUAAACCAACAAUCGUUUUAGAGGCGGUUGCUUCGUAUGAUCUCUGGAUAUGACAUGAGUUUUUUGGACCUCCAGGUACUUUAAAUGAUAUCAAUGUUCUUGAUCGCUCACCUGUUUUUGAUGACAUAAUAAAUGGUCAAGCUCCGCAAGUCACUUACUAUGUCAAUGGAAGAGAGUAUAAUUUGGCUUACUAUCUCACCGAUGGUAUUUAUCCGAAAUGGACAACUUUUAUCCAAUCCAUUCCGAUGCCACAAGGACCGAAAGCGGUUUUAUUUGCUCAACGUCAAGAAGCUGUCCGCAAAGAUGUCGAGUGCACUUUUGGAGUCUUGCAAGCUCGCUUCGCCAUAGUUAAAAAUCCAGCACUUUUUUGGGAUAAAAUCAAAAUUGAGAAGAUUAUGAGAGCUUGUAUCAUACUCCACAAUAUGAUAGUAGAAGACGAACGAGAUGGCUAUACUCAAUUUGAUGUUUCAGAGUUCCAACAAGG